AUGACUGGCUACUUCAGCCACCCGCUUCUGCCACUGCAAAUGUUCAAGUGCCAAGACCACUGCCCCGGGGGUGCCCCUGGCACCUGCGACAAGGGCUUGCAGGGCGUGACCUGCGGGGACUGCCCAGAGGCUCAGUUCUGGACCUCCCAGGGCUGUACGGAGUGUGGGUCCAUGGGAUUGGCUUGGGCCUUAGCCUUGCUGACUCUCAUGGUGGGUCUGAUGAGCUCCUACUACCUGCUCACCUCCUCCUACACCGCCAAGGCCAGCGUGCUGGCCUGUACGACCGCCAGCUUGGGCAUGAUGCUCGGCUUGUUCCAGAACCUUGGGGUGCUGAGCACGGUGUCGAUCGAGCUUGGCCUGUUGGGCUGCGUGACCUGCUGA